AUGCAGUGGAAUUAUGCCAUGUGGCUUAAAGUUUUUCGAGCUUUAACGGUGAAGGAGCUAUUCCAUAAGCUCGAGAAGGACCAAAUGGACUACUACACCAUCAUCAGGGUGGUAAAACUCAUAUAUGUGCAGUUAUAUUGUGUUCAUAUAACUGCAUGUAUGUUUUACCAUCUAGCCACCACCUCCGAGGGUCUUCCGGAGGUACAUCCCACUUGGAUUACACCAAUUCAAGUUGGUGAUAAAAACCUCACUCAGCUCAACACCUUAGAGAAAUACAUCGCAUCUGUUUAUUUUGCUACUGCGACCGUAUCUACAGUUGGCUAUGGAGACAUUCACGCUGUUAAUUUGAAGGAGAUGGUAGCUGUGGCUGGUUUAAUCAUAUUGAGUCUCAUUGUGUGGACAUACCUUGGUGUCAACUGGACAAGUCUUAUGGGGAGAAGAUCAAGAGCUCAAAUAGUGAGAGAGAAGAUGGAGAACCUGGAGACCUAUUUGACAAAUACCAACGUUGGUCGGGAUUUGGGAAACCAAAUUAGAGAUCACAUGGAGAUAAAGUACAAUGAUGAUUACAACAACAAAAUCAUUGAAGACUUUCCGGCUUCCAUCCGAGCCAAGAUGUCUCAAACUUUAUAUGAAGGCAUUAUAAGAGGACUUCCACUUUUCCGUGGGUGUUCACCAGAAUUCACGAGUUAUCUGGCCAGUGAGGUUCGUGAAGAAUUGUACGCUCCGGGAUACACAGUUUUAGAAGAAGGCACCGUUGUGAAACAGAUUUGCAUCUUAACUUUAGGAGAUCUGGAACUAUUGCACCGAGGAGUUGAACUUCCGGAGCAUAUACUACCAACCAGGAUCUUCGAUGGUAAGUCCAUCGAUGAGUAUUUUCAGGGACAUACGACACGUUUCGAUCAAUUGGCUCUUCUCGGCAAACCAAUUGAUCAUGAAGAUCAAGUAGAACAUGUUCUCGAAGGUCUUCCAAAUGAUUACAAAGUUGUCGUUGAUCAACUUGAGGGCCGUGAUACGUCUCCCUCGUUAUCCGAAGUUCACGAGAAGCUUCUUAACCAUGAAGCUAAGCUCCAAUCCACCACUGCUACAACUCCAUCUCUCCCUGUCUCGGCUAAUGUUGCUACCUAUCGUGGCAACAACAACACCGCCAACUAUCGUGGGUCACAGUGCUCGCCGUUGCUCUCAACUACGGACGGGUCGUUCACGUCGAACUAUCGUGCUCCAUCAAAUGUUUCCCCAUGGCAACCGAGAGCAAAUAUGGCCGCAGCAGCGCCAAUGAAUUCCAACAACUGGCUUCUUGACACCGGAGCUACACAUCAUCUCACUUCCGAUCUAAACAACUUGUCUCUCCAUCAGUUGUACAAUGGUGGUGAUGAAGUGACCAUGGCCGAUGGCUCUACCAUACAGAUCUCGCACACUGGUUUUACCUCUCUUCCUACACCCUCUCGUUCCCUUGCAUUAAAUGAUGUUCUCUGUGUGCCUAAUGUUCAUAAAAAUCUUAUCUCCGUCUAUCGUUUGUACAACUCUAACCAAGUGUCUGUUGAAUUCUUUCCUGCGCAUUUUCAGGUGAAGGAUCUCAGAACGGGGGUCCGAUUGCUCCAAAGGAGAACUAAAGAUGAGCUAUACGAGUGGCCAGUCAACCCCACAAAUAAAGCCUCCUUCUUUGCAUCACCAUCACCAAAAGCUUCUCUUCCAUCUUGGCACUCCAGACUUGGUCACCCAUCACCUCCUGUUUUAAACAAACUUGUUUCUCAGUUUUCUUUACCUUGUUCAACUUCUUCAAAAACACUAUCUCCUUGUUCUCAUUGUCUUAUCAAUAAAAGCCACAAAUUACCAUUUUUCACAAACACUAUCAUCUCUUCUCAACCACUUCAAUACAUCUACUCCGAUGUCUGGAUGUCACCUAUAAUCUCAACAGAAAACUUCAAAUAUUAUCUUGUUCUUGUGGAUCAUCACACUCGUUAUACCUGGAUGUAUCCAAUGAAGCAAAAGUCACAAGUCCGUGACAUUUUCAUUGCUUUCAAGGCUCUAGUUGAGAAUCGGUUUCACACCAAGAUCGGAACGCUUUUCUCGGAUAAUGGUGGAGAGUUUCUAGCACUACGACAGUUUCUCUCAACCCAUGGGAUCUCACACCUAACGUCACCGCCUCACACACCAGAACACAAUGGGAUUUCAGAAAGGAAGCAUCGACACAUAGUUGAAACAGGGCUCACCUUGUUACAUCAAGCUUCUAUGCCAAAGACCUAUUGGCCGUAUGCGUUUGCUACUGCGGUGUAUUUAAUCAACCGGAUGCCUACAGAGGUGCUCAACAAUGACUCUCUAUAUGCGAAACUCUUUGACCAGCCGCCGAAUUACCUCAAACUCCGUGUAUUUGGAAGCCUCUGUUUUCCAUGGCUUAGGCCGUACACAAAUCACAAACUCGAUGAUCGAUCUGCGGCGUGUGUGUUUGUUGGCUAUUCUCUUUCCCAAAGCGCUUAUCUCUGUCUUCACGUUGCUACCGGUCGUGUGUACACGUCUCGACAUGUUCAGUUUGUGGAAUCAAGCUUCCCUUUUGCCGUGACUCCGUCGGAUCUCUCUCCCGCAUCGGAAGAAAAUCCCAACGAUUCCACCUCCACUCUUGUUCCUCUCACUCCUGCGCCACUCGUAUCAGCUCCACCACAACUCGCGCCCCUGAUCUCAGACCUUCACCAUUCACACCCAUCGUCUGCUACAGAACCUGGAAAUCGUGUAAACGAUGACCAUGGAGAUCUGUCUCAUCGAUUGGGCCAGCCAGGUAAUUCUACAGGCCCUUCUAGAGUUUCACAUACUUUAGAUCCAUCACCUCCAGGCCCAAAUACAAACCCACCAACUCUUCAGCCCACAAACACUCAGCCCACAAAUAUCAAUGCCUCAUCUUCUUCCACCACGACACAACCUCCACCUCCACCGGAAAACGUUCAUGCAAACUCGCCGCAAAAAUAA